AUGCUGGGUAAGCGAACUCGUGAUCGACGACGUGAAGUACCCGCGAUCAGCUCCAGUGUUCCCGUGCAGGCAGCCAAUGCGACACCGAUUUCUGGUCAGGGAGUGAGUUCGACUACCACAUCCGCUGUAGGUGGACUACCUAGUGGCGGUGGUGGACCGAACACGAUAACCGCCACCCCAAGCACCGAGAACACAGUUGUAAAAAGCAGUUCUCAAAGUGCCAAUUUAACUCAGGGACCACAAACUGUCAGUUCAACUGUGCUGAGUGGCGCCCAAGGAACGGACAAAUCGUUGAAAUUAAGCACACAAGACACUCCAGUUGAGGCAUACACGCUGAUAAAAAAAUUCCUCAUACUGUGGAAACGAGUGGAAUUGUUGAAGUACGCUUGGGGUAAGCGUCGUCUCGGGGUCGAACGGAUCGAUACACCAAGUUUAUUUAAGACAUUUUGCUCCAUUUAUAAACGUGAAAAGCUAUAUCCUCUUCUACGGAGUCUUGCAAUACAAUACCGUCAGCACGAUAUGUUUUCAAUUGGUCCAUUGGAUGAGACAGAUAUAUUUGUCAUGCCCAAAGGAAUUCCGGAAAUCGUCGUUCGACAACGUCAGCUCCUAAAAUUGAUCGAAGCGUUUGAGUUUUACAUGAUAGCCGAUUUGCGAAAAUUGGUCGUGAAGCAGACGGAUCUGGUCAUCAAAGAGAGGAAUCGCGAAGAAGGAAAUUUACCGCUUGAUCUUUGGAAGCGACCGGCCAUGAAAGAAGCCAUGUCAUUCAAACGUCCGGCACUAGCAGACGAAUUUAUUGUGGAUUUGAUGUCCAACAUGCAAUUAGACGAGCGAACCAAUCAGUACUCGAUAACAAAAGACAAACUGAACGAAGUGCUUCAAACCCUGGCGAUCUCGGUAAUGCGCGUUCAACGUGAAUCAUACGAGAACUAUUCAAUGUAUUAUGAAAAUCUAUUGAAAAACCAGCACAGUCUACUGUAUGCCCGUGAACGUGAAAUCGAAGCCCUGAAAGAGUCGCUCAAACAAAAAGAUCUGGAGACCAGUGUGACCGUGCAGUUCCAAAUGUCUGAACAAGCGCAUAAUCUUCUUCUGGAGGUAACGGCUCUGCGAGCCCGAAUCGCAGAGUUGGAAGAAGCCAAUGGCAAAACGGAAGCCAAGGUACGCGUUCGUGUGCGACGGGAAUUCAAUGUGGCUAUGCGUAAACUGUUUGGAUUGAGCUUCGAGCAAAAAGCGCGCAUUGAUGAAUACCGCGAUCAUCUGCAUGCGAUAACUUUACAACGCAUUGCCGAAGUACGAGAGGAAGCUUCCGCCGAAAUGGCUCGAAUCAAGGAACGAAGCGGUGCACGAGCAUCAGCCGGUAUGUUUAGUCAGAAUGUGUCUACAGCCUCUGAAUCAGAGCGAGAAGAUGAUUUGGCCGAACGUAAUUUGAGACUGUCACGUGAGGUCAACUCACUACAUCAGCGAAAUAUCCGACUCCAACAGAUGAUGACUCGACUUCAGGAACAACGCAAUCAGAGCAAAACACAAGUGACCCGAUUGGGUUUGUUGUCUGAACAACGCGUCCGUAUGCUCAACGAGGAGAUGUCCAAAUUACGUGAUCACCUGUCGAACACGGAGAAGCAUUUGAACGAUAUGCGCAAAGCUCUAGACAAAGAGAUGAAUGACAAAGUUGAGAAAAAGCAUGCGGCUGAGAGGAAAGCGGCAACAGAUAAGCAGAUGGCAAUGGUCAAACAAAUGCAUAUCGAUCAACUAAUGGCUGAAAUUUCCGAAAAAAAUGCAAUGUUGGAACAGAUGGGCUCAUUGCUGGAUGCCAGUGCCAAAUCGAAAAAGCAGGAAGCAGACAAAUCAGUUCGUGAAGUUGAUUUAUUACGGAAACAAUUACGCGAGGAAAGAAAACUGAAAAAAUCUGCAAUACACAAAGUGGAUGAUCUAAUGUCACAAGUCGGCGCCCCACUUUUGCGCCAACGCCUUGCCCAACAGCUCCUUCAAAACGGAUCGCCGCAAGCCCACGUGCAUUAUCUACAAAUGCACGACGACGAAUUCCAAAAUGAAUAA